AUCUCACAGUUAAUCUCUUUAGUCUGGCAGGGACAUUGAGAGUUUUAAUUAACUAAGUGGUCUUUCUAAAUGUGGACCCACAGCACAAACAGUGCAGGAAUAGCUGGCAGCUCCAGAAUAGCCCACGAAUGCACUAUUAAAGUGCUAUCUGGCACACUUUGAAUAAUCUGAGCCAAUAAUGCGACGAAUAUCUCUCAUAUCUGUCAAAAAGCAGUGCAUAUUUGACUAUACAAAUAGAAACGGCCCUUUGCAGCUCACCCUAUAAUGCCGUUUUAAUAGAAGGAUUGUGAUUGGUUGACUGUAAGUGAGAAGGCCAGUGAUAGGUCAGUCAAACUGUGGUGAACCCUGGGAAAGGGCCAUUCCUAAGAGGGAAUUAAUAGAGCUCUAAGAAUUAAUUGAAGCAGGUCGGAGUUCACACAUCAGCGACAGGUGGAUAAGGAGAGUGGAGAGAUAAAUCUGGAUGGGAUCGUGUGCCUGCUCGAGCCAGUGCAGCCAUGUUCAGCACCUUGAAAACGCUUUUUUGGCCCAAAACUGUGGCGGCAGUAGCUCAGAGCCCUGGAUCUCCGACACCAGUGCCUUCACCUGCACCUGCCCCAGCACCUGCUCCUCCAACAAAGGAGGAAAAGGCAGAUGCAAAGAAAGAUGAAGAAAAAAAAGAAGAGAAAAAGGAGGAAAAGCCCACCGAUCUUUGCUGUCAUCUUCCACUCAACGAUGUGCAGCGUGUGACUCCAAAAGUAGCUGAAAGUGGAUUAGGGGAUCUGCUGUAUUUGCGACUUAAGAAGAUCACGAGAACGUCCUCACGUGUGAACAGGAGUUUCUAUUUCCUUGAGGAUGCACCAUCACCACCAACUCCACCCAUCGUCAUUAACAGAUACUGUGAUGACCAGCUGCGAGACAUCGUGAAGAAACUACGGGAGAGGACAGAGCUUUUUAAGGAGAAAGUCAUAGACCCCUACUCCUCGUCCCCCGAGCGCAGCCCACCCAUCACACCGGUUUACCGAAAGGAAGACUGGAUCAGAAAGCAGGAAGCGGAGAGAAUAAAACGAGAAGAGGCCGAGCAGAAGAAAAAAGAGGAGGAUGCCAAGAAAGCGGCGGCGAAGAAAGAAAAAGAGGAGAAAGAAAAGAAGGAGAAAGAGGAAAAGCUGAAAGCUGAGAAGGAGAAGGAGAAGGAGAAGGCCGAGAAGGAGGCGGCUGAAGCCAUCUGCCCAAAAAUCAACUGCACCUGCAUAGACACACUUCUCAAACCUUUCGAAGACAAGAUGGACGCAUUUUUGGGGACAACCAUUGACUCUUUCACAGAUCGGCGGUAUAUUAAAUGGCUGAGUGUCGUCACAGUCGCUUUUAACUACAACGUUUGGCUGGCCACGGCACGUUUGUGUUUCCCGUACCACACGCCUGUGACCAUCCCCUUCUGGAUCUUUUUUGAUAUCCUGGCAGACCUUGUGAACAUCAUAGAUAUCACCAUGUUUCAGCCACGCUUACAGUUUGUGAAAGCAGGAGACAUCAUAAAAGACAGAAUAAUGGCAAAACAGAGGUACAGGGAAUCUGCCAGAUUUCAGACAGACCUGAUAAGCAUAAUACCAUUUGAUUUGCUGUGUUUCCACUUUGGGUUUACAUCGAUCUUUAGGAUAAACCGGUUUAUACGGUAUCAAUCAUUUUUUGAGUUCAGCGAUCGUCUGGAAAGCGUCAUGGCUAAGGCGUAUAUCUGGAGAGUUGGCCGCACUACUGGAUAUCUGCUCUUCUGUCUCCAUUUAAACUCCUGCCUUUACUAUGUAGCAUCAGAAUACGAAGGGCUGGGCAGCACUAAAUGGGCAUAUGAUGGAAAAGGAAAUGCGUAUCUCCGCUGUUAUUACUUUGCGACUCGCACGCUGAUCACUAUCGGAGGUCUCCCCGAGCCCCAUACGCUCUUUGAGAUCGUCUUCCAGCUGGUGAACUUCUUCACAGGAGUCUUUGUCUUCUCUAGCUUGAUUGGACAGAUGAGAGAUGUCAUUGGAGCAGCUACGGCGGGUCAGACCUACUUCCGCGCCUCUAUGGACUCCUGUGUGGCGUAUAUGAACACCUACACCAUCCCAAAGCAGGUGCAGAACAGAGUACGCACCUGGUACAACUACACCUGGGACUCCCAGGGCAUGCUGGAUGAAUCGGAGUUAUUAGAAAAGAUGCCUCUGGUCAUGAGAACAGCCAUCGCUGUGGACAUCAACCUCGCCACCUUCCAGAAGAUUGACCUCUUCAAGGGCUGUGACAACCAGAUGCUUGUGGAUAUGUUACUGCGUCUGAAAUCUAUUGUGUACUUGCCAGGAGACUUUGUGUGUAAGAAGGGUGACAUUGGGAGAGAAAUGUAUAUUAUUAAAGCCGGAGAGGUGCAGGUCAUCGGUGGGCCGGACAAUAAGAUUGUGUUCGUGACUCUGAAGGCAGGCUGUGUGUUCGGAGAGAUCAGUCUCUUACAGUCAGCAAAAGAUGGAGGCAACAGAAGAACAGCAAAUGUUGCUGCUCACGGAUUCGCCAACCUUUUUGUACUGGAUAAGAAAGAACUCAGUGACAUCCUGGUCCAUUACCCUGAGUCUCAGAAAGUGCUGGCCAGGAAGGGAAGGAAACUGAUGAAGGCCAAAGGCAAAGCUGCUCCUGUCAAAGAUGAAGGAGAAAAGAAGAAGGGAUUGGCAAUGUUUGGACAAAAACCACCCACUCCGAAAAUGUUACGUGUUUUUGGAGGCUUUGGGAAAGGAGGAUUACUGGAGAAACUCAGGGCUCAAGCAGCAGAAAAAAAGGAUUGAAAAUUCCAUCCAUCCCAUCACCUACACUUACAACUACCUAAAACAUCUAUUAAUCCAUCCACCCAUUUCAUCAUCUAUCCAUCCAUUUAUCAAUUACAUCCAUUCAUCCAUCCAUCUAUGAAUGAUAAAAUGGGUGGAUGGACUGAUGGAUGUUAGAUAGAUAGAUUCAUUCAUUCAUAGAUCCAUUCAUUCAGAUCUACAGAAAUGUGAUUAAAACUGUAAAUACUGACUGUAUGUUUCUGAUUUGUAGUUGGUUUAGUGACAGAUUCUUUUCAACUAUAAUUUUGAACUUAUUACCCAACCUGUUCAGCACUUUAGGCAGUCAUGGUGCAUGGGUUUUCCUGGCCUUUGCAUAUUGUAAAUAGGUCAAUGUUUUUCAUAAAAUUCAAAUAAAAUAUUUAAUACGUAGUUUCAUUGUCAUCUUUAUUUAUUGCAUCUUGAUAAUAUUGCGAAUAAAUCAUAAACAAUCCACGUUUUGGUGUUUUAUUGUAUGUAUGUGAAACAAGGCAUAAUACAGGCACACAGAUGCAAGACAUAUCAGCAACUGCUGAGCUGACACAUUACAUUAUAAUGAUACUGCAUCUGAU